AUGCAAACCGAUCGCGUACUUCACACGACGCCACGAAAAGAUCUAUAUACAUCGGAAGCAAAACAUCUUGUAGAUAUGGCCCCAAGCUUCAGCAUCAGUGAGGAGGACGGGGAGGAGACGACGAAGCCCCCACCCGAAACACGCAACGACAGCCCCCUCCGCAAGAGCCCGAUCCAAUGUAUCUUCGUGUUCCGGCGGCCGGUGAUGCUAUCCGACCGGAUCAUCAAGCUCAUGACGGGGCCCUUCGCGCACGUGGAUCUGUAUGUUCAUCGGGAGGAGAAGCCCAACGACAGCCCGAGUCUCACCACUUUCAUGGGGGAACACUUCAGCAUGUCGGUGAACAUGCGAAAGUCCUACAACAGCCGGGACUAUGAGGGACUGCACCUUCGCCUCGACCCUGUAGAGAGCGCGAAGCUCUUCGAUUACGCCAUCGACCUGGUGGAACGCCGCGUGCCGUACAAUUUUGCCGACCUGCUGUACCAACCGAUGAAGGCCGUCCUCCCGGAUAGCGGAUUCUUUGAGGACGUCCCUAACGAAAGCUCCUUGCAGGUCAAAAAGGUCUUCUGCUCGCAGGCUUUCGUCCUAGCACUGCGCAACAGCCUGCACAACGACGACCUCGCCGGGGCACUCAUCGACGAGAGCCCAAUCCAGCGGAAGAAGCUGCUCUGGAGGCUGAUCAGCGAAAACAGCCGGCUCUGCACCCCCAGUGACCUCUACCACAUCCUCAGGCCGCACUGCAGGAGGGUGGACAUGGACCGGCUCCGGCACGGCCACUUGUCCUACACAUAA